AUGCAAACCCUCAAGAAACUAACGUAUCCUUCCGUCCGUCGCGAGCACCUCGUUGAGCAUCUUCAUGGCGUCCAAGUCGUCGAUCCGUAUCGAUAUCUUGAAGAUCCCGACUCGUCCAAGACGCGUGAGUUUAUCACGCACCAAAAUGACGUCACCCAGCGUAUUUUUGACCAUGAAAUUCCAUUUUUGACGGAAACCAAAGCACGGAUGACGGAACUCUUUAAUUACGAAAAAUUCUCGGCCCCUCACAAGCACGGAGACAAAUAUGUUUUUUCAAAGAAUGAUGGUCUUCAGAACCAAAGUGUUUUGUACAUUCAGGAUGAUUUACAAGGUGAACCACGUGUUUUAUUGGAUCCAAACCUGUUGGCUGCAGACGGGACCGCAGCGCUCUCUAGUCGUGCUUUUUCCGAGUCAAAACUGCACGAUGGACGGCUCUUUUUUGCCCAUGGGAUCUCACGUGGUGGAUCAGACUGGCAGACAAUUAAAAUCAUGGCUGUACAUGAUAAGAAUCAGAUGCUGGAGGAUACAAUCGAGUGGGUGAAAUUUUCGACAAUUGCAUGGACUCAUGAUGAUCAGGGCUUUUUUUACUCCCGAUAUCCACCUCCAGAGACCAUGAAAAGUGAGCAAUGUCAUGAGGAUGAAGAUUUAAAGAGAGGAACGGAGACAGAGUCGAAUAUGAAUCAUCAGCUGUGGUACCACACAUUGCAUACCUCACAAAGUCAGGAUAAACUAGUGUAUGCCUACCCAAGUGAACCGACGUUUAAUGUUAGUGCAGAGGUCUCGGAUGAUGGCAAGAAGUUGCUCUUGUACGUGCAAGAUGGAUGCAAAAAUGCCAAUAUGCUUCAUGUCGCAGAUUUGAGUGACUUUGAGACUUUUUUAAAAGGACCAAAAGACUCGACGAUUCCAGUGACGAAACUUGUCGAUAAUAUGGAUGCAGCGUACUCGUACAUUCUGAAUGAUGGUGAUUACUAUUACUUCAAGACUAAUGUUGAUGCUCCUCGCGAACGUGUCGUACGUACCAAGUUGGGCGACGGUAAUGCUGUUCCUGUGUGGGAAGAGGUAAUUCCUGAACAGCCGGAUGCUAUCGUGAUUGAAGGCGUGCAUCCUGCUGCGCCAAACCUGCUCGUCGUGCAGCUUGUUAAGGACGUGCACAAUGAAUUGCACGUGUACAACCUUGAUGGUGUAUUCCAGUACGAGAUUCCGUUGCCCAGUAUCGGCACUGUUGGAGUCGCCAGCAAGCGCACAGAGUCGGAGCUGUUUUACCACUUCAUCUCGUUCCUGUACCCGGGGUCUAUCUUCCGCAUCGAUCUUUCGAAGACAGGAACAACUUCAGGAAUGGCGCCUGAUGCUGAACUGUUUCGUGAGACGAAAGUAAAGGGCUUUGACCCGAGUCAGUUUGAGGCAAAGCAAGUGUUUUACUCAUCCAAGGAUGGUACGAAGAUUCCGAUGUUUCUUGUGAAACGUAAGAACGCGCCAAAGAAUGGUGAAUUGCCAGUGUACCUCUACGGGUACGGUGGCUUCAACAUCUCCCUGACACCGGCUUUUAGCGUCUCGCGACUUGUUUUCGUCCAGCACUUUAAUGGCAUGCUGGCGCUGCCUAACCUACGCGGUGGUGGCGAGUACGGCGAGCAAUGGCACCAAGAUGGUAUGCUGCACAAGAAGCAGAAUGUGUUCGAUGAUUUCCACAGUGCUGCCGAAUACCUUAUUGAGGAAGGCUACACGAAUUCAGAAAAGAUUGCUAUCCAUGGCGGCUCUAACGGUGGUCUGCUGGUGGCGGCUGCCAGCAACCAGCGCCCCGAUCUCUAUCGUUGUAUGGUUGGUGCAGUGGGUGUUAUGGACAUGCUGCGUUUCCACAAGUUUACCAUUGGGCACGCGUGGCGCACGGAAUACGGUGAUCCGGACGUGGCAGACGACUUUGACUAUAUUCGGCAGUACUCGCCGGUUCACAACGUUCCUCAUGCUGAUAGCCCGAUCAUGCAAAAGCUUGCAGAGCGUGGAGGUUUUCCGUCAGUGCUUUUGACUACCGGUGAUCAUGACGACCGAGUUGUGCCCCUGCAUUCAUACAAGCUUAUUGCGGAGCUGCAGCACCAGCUCGGUAGCUCGGAAAUGCAGACGAACCCCUUGCUCAUCCGAAUUGACACGAAGUCCGGCCAUGGAGCUGGUAAACCUACCACCAAGAUCAUCGAGGAGACGUCCGAGGUGUUUGCUUUCAUUGCAUGGAGUCUUGGUGCGCCUUUUGUUGCUUAA